AUGUUUCAAUUCUGCAAACGUUUAGCUUCAAAGGGUCUUAAGCUCACUCUUGUCCUCGUCACCGCCAAACCAACUCCUCCAUACAAAACAGAGCACGACUCAAUCACUGUCUUCCCCAUCUCCAAUGGAUUCCAAGAAGGCGAGGAUCCAUUACAAGACCUCGAUGAUUACAUGGACAGAGUAGAAACCAGCAUCAAGAACCGCUUACCGGAGUUGAUACAAGACAUGAAACUCUCGGGAAAUCACCCUAGGGCACUCGUGUACGACUCAACCAUGCCAUGGCUUCUUGAUUUAGCUCAUGGUCAUGGUUUGAAAGGUGCCGUGUUUUUCACGCAACCUUGGCUUGUCACAGCUAUUUACUACCAUGUUAUCAAGGGCUCCUUCUCCAUACCGUCUACGAAGUAUGGCCACUCGACGUUAGCAUCGUUCCCUUCGUUUCCUAUGCUGAAUUCGAAUGAUUUGCCGUCUUUCCUCUGCGAAUCGUCCUCUUACCCGAAUAUCCUAAGGAUUGUGAUCGAUCAGCUUUCAAACAUUGAUCGAGUAGACAUUGUGUUGUGCAACACCUUCGAUGUAUUAGAGGAAAAGUUGUUGAAAUGGGUCCAAAGCUUGUGGCCAGUCUUGAACAUAGGACCAACUGUUCCAUCGAUGUAUUUAGACAAGCGACUCACCGAAGACAAAAACUACGGUUUCAGCCUCUUUGAUGCCAAAGUCGCUGAAUGCAUCGAGUGGCUAAACUCAAAGCAACCUAAUUCAGUUGUCUAUAUAUCAUUCGGAAGUUUAGUGAUUCAUAAGGAAGAUCAAAUGAUGGAACUCGCAGAAGCUCUAAAAGAGACCGGAUGUAACUUCUUGUGGGUCGUGAGAGAGACAGAGAAAGACAAAAUUCCAAGAAACUACGUAGAAGAAAUUGGCGAGAAAGGACUGAUUGUGAGCUGGAGUCCUCAGCUUGAAGUUCUUGCACAUAAAUCGGUUGGUUGUUUCUUGACGCAUUGUGGAUGGAAUUCGACGUUAGAAGGAUUGAGUUUGGGAGUUCCAAUGAUUGGUAUGCCUCAUUGGACGGAUCAGCCAACGAAUGCUAAGUUCGUGGAGGAUGUAUGGAAGGUUGGGGUUAGGGUUAGGACAGAAGGUGAUGAUGGGAUUGUGAGAAGAGAGGAGAUUGUGAGAUGUGUGAAAGAAGUUAUGGAAGGAGUGAAAGGGAAAGAGAUUAGAAAAAAUGCUGAGAAAUGGAAAGUGUUUGCUCGAGAAGCUAUUUCUGAAGGAGGUAGUUCUGAUAAGAGCAUCGAUGAGUUUGUUUCUAUGUUUUCUUGA